CACACAGUGAGAGAGAAGAAGAAGAAGAGAGAGAAGAGAAGAGAGGAGAGCAUUCAUUUCCAGAGAGAAAGAAGAUUGAUGUUUGAAUGCAUCGCCUAUGGUGAAGAUACAAUAAUGACCAGGAUUAUCAGUGCUAUCAUCAUCACUUGGGAUCUUAUUUGAUCAGAAGAACGAAGAAAACGACGAGGAGUGAAGAUGAACCAAACUGCAUCCGUCUCUCAUCAGAUUGACUGUCAGCCGGUCAAGGAUAGUAAGGAGUUUGUGGAUGUCAGCCCUCAGGAGAGGAACUGGAAGGGCAUCGCCAUCUCUCUGCUGGUGAUCGUGGCCGUGUGCUCGCUCAUCACCAUGUCCGUGGUCGUCCUCACGCCCGCUGAGCUCCCCGGAAACAACAAGUCCAGGCUGACUGCGGCGGAUCUGUACAAACCAGAGUUCAGCGUCCACAACCCCGAGGCCACGUGGAUCAGCGAUUCAGAGGUGGUUUACAGGAACCGCGACGGCCACGUUAUCAAGUUUAACUUCGCCUCCAACGAGACGGACUUCAUCCUGGCCAACAGCACGUUUACGGCCUUCAAGGCGGUGAAGUACUCGCUCUCUGCAGAUCUGAUGUACGCGCUCUUCGCUUACGAUGUCAAACAGACAUACAGAUAUUCCUACACGGCGUCUUACAUCGUGUACAACAUCUACACCAGGGAGGUGUGGGAGCUGAAUCCUCCGGAGGUGCACAACGCGGUGCUCCAACACGCAUCCUGGGGAAAGCAAGGACGGCAGCUGAUCUUCAUCUUUGAGAACAACAUCUACUACCAGUCUGAUGUGAGGAGUACCUCUCUGAGGAUCACCUCCUCUGGGCAGGAGGGGGUGGUCUACAACGGGCUGGCCGACUGGCUCUACGAAGAGGAGAUCCUACACUCUCACCUGGCCCACUGGUGGUCUCCUGAUGGGGAGAGACUCGCUUUCCUCUCCAUCAACGACACGCUGGUUCCCAACAUGGUUCUGCCUCAGUUUACCGGCAGCACCUACCCUAAAGGACUACAAUAUCCAUAUCCUAUGGCGGGACAGAAAAACCCAGAGGUCAAACUGUUGGUGGUCAACUUGUACGGAGCGACACACACUCAAGAACUGCAGCCUCCUGAUCAGCUCAAACUCAGCAGUGAUUUCUACGUCACCAUGGUGAAGUGGAUCAGUAAUACUCACCUGGCAGUUCGGUGGGUCAACCGCUCCCAGAAUGCAUCACUGCUCACGGUAUGCGACGCCACCAUCGGAGUCUGCGUCCAGAGACACGAGGACUCUUCAGGGACAUGGCUGUCCUUUCAGGGACAGGAGCCGCUGUUCUCCAAGGACAGGAGCCGCUUCUUCCUCUCUCUGCCUGUAAAACAAGGAGGGCAGGGAGACUUCAACCACAUCACCAUGUUCACUAAGAAGCUACGAAGUGACAAGGACGAAGUUCGGCACCUAACGUCAGGAGACUGGGAGGUGACCAAAAUCGUAGCUUACGACGAAAACAACCAGAUAAUAUACUUCCUGAGCACGGAGCCCUCUGCACAACAAAGACAUUUGUACAGCGUGUCCACCCUCGGCCUGUUCCCUCGCCGCUGCGUCACCUGUGGACUGAAGGACGAGUGUUCCUUUUUUGACGCUGAGGUCAGCCCCGAUGCACAGCACGCCAUCCUGCACUGCAAAGGACCUGGAGUUCCAGCUGUUCUGCUCCUGAGUUUCAUCGAUGUGAACUCCUAUUUCAUCUUGGAGAACAACCUCCCUCUGCGCUCCGCUCUGGAGACCAAGAAGAGGAUUCGGAAUGAAACACACACGAUAACUAAUGACAACUUUGGUACAAAUGCGCUGCCUCUGAAGCUCAUCUAUCCUCCCGACUUCUCAGAAUCCUUCCUCUACGGCCUUCUGCUCAUUGUCGGCAGCUCUCCGGGGGGGCAGGGGGUGACGGAUGAGUUCAGGCUGGACUGGUACCUGGGGCUGGUGGGGUCAGAGCAGGUCAUUGUAGCACGACUGGACGGCAGGGGGUCAGGGUUCAGAGGUCAAAGGGUUUUGCAGCAGGUCCACCAGAGGCUCGGCACGGUGGACAAAGACGACCAGAUAGCCGCUCUGCAGUACCUGGUGAAGCUGCCGUUCAUUGAUCCCACUCGAGUGGGAGUCUUCGGAGAGGAUUACGGGGGCUACCUGGCGCUGAUGGUGCUGAAGUCCACAGAGAACCUGAUCCAGUGUGCAGCAGUUCAAGCGCCCAUCACUGACUGGUCCUUGUACGCUUCGACGGUUUCCGAGAGAUACCUUGGCUCACCUUGGACUGAGGAGAACAAAUACCAAGCUUCUAACGUCCUGACCAACAUGAAAAGUCUGCAGGGAGCGACUCUGUUUCUGGCUCAUGGCACUGCUGACGCAAACGUUCACUUUCAGCACUCUGCGGAGCUCAUCAAACACUUAAUAAAGAUCGGGGCCAACUAUACCAUGCAGAUUUACCCAGACGAGGGACACUUCCUGUCGAGGCGCAGCCAGAUUCAGCUGACUCACGCCCUGAUAGGUUACUUCAGAGGCUGUCUGCUCGACGCAUCAUUACUCAGCCAACUAAAGAGUGAUGACUGAGAGGGAACAUGGUGUGUGUGUGUGUGUGUGUGUGUGUGUGUGUGUGUGUGUGUGUGUGUGUGUGUGUGUGGUGUGUGUGUGUGUGUGUGUGUGUGUGUGUGUGUGUGUGUGUGUGUGUGUGCAUGUUUUUAUACUUGUGGCUUGAUGGACAAAACACGCUUCUUCUCAACAUAUCAGAUAUAGUUUCUGUCGCUCAUCACCUCAGUGGAACAAAGCUCCUACAGUCACGUUACUUUUGUUAUUUUUGUUUUAUUGCACCUUUUUCAAAGUCAACAAACUCUUAUGGUGAUUUGGAGGACCAGUUGAUAAAACAAGUCAUUUUUUUUCAAUGCCGAUGCACUCUCUAAACCCUGAAAAGCUUCUUUUAAAAUCUUGGAAAGUUAGAACACAUGUGGCUUCAGAUCUCAAGUAUUUCUGUUAAUGAAUAUUUAUGAAUAAAUACGCAAAAGGCUGGACGAAUACAUAAUUAUUAAUGUACAGUGUUACACUUUUAAAAACGUGUCAGUAUUAUCUGAGAUUUAUAUUUUAUUGAAUUAUCAUUUCAUAACAGCUUUUCUUUGGUUAGCCUGAAAUAGGGAGUUUUUUAUUGUCCCAUAACACAAAAUGUUCAUUUUCGAUUAGCUUAAUGAUAUUGUUGAUGAAUGUUCUGACGUUUUUAAUGUUUACCAUACAUUUACUUUACAAAGAAAUGUCAUCUUUUCUGCAAACAUCAUAUUUAAUUUUCUAUGGUUUUCUAUUUUCUACUGCUCCAAAUGGGUUUAACGACCUUAUGUUGCUUUAAAUCCUUGGCUGACUAGAUAUUAUUUUUGUUUUCUAUACUUAAUCUGAAACUGAUGUUCUAAUUUAUGAAUUAAAAUCUCUCUGGAUGAAUUACAACAAGUGCAAUUGCUCUCCACUUGUGCAUUUCCGACUGCUUAUCCUUUACGUAUUGCAAUAAAAGGCUCCUUAAGUAAUACGGCAUCACAAAGCCAUAACAAGAGAGACACAAAUCACAGUGAGGAACGUCCUCCAUGCUGUUAUAGAUUUUAGGUAGAGUUCUAGGCUGCUAUAUUUGAGUCCAAGUUUUAAAAAACAUAACGUGAAGUUGUGGUUAUUGUUUCUAUUGGGGUUUGUACUGUGAAUCUAGAUUUGUCUUCCUCGAGGGGAAACACUGUGGGUAAAUAGAGAAAAGCUUAUUGUACUUUUUGCCUGUUUUAAUAUUAAAGAACAAUGACUGAG